AUGGAUAUUUUCGUAUCUCAGCUCCCGGGGCUCUCUGUCGCAACGCAUCUAUCGAGAGAGCUAGCAAAGGACGACGACGAGAAUAUGCCCGAUAACAAAAGCUGGCGCUUAGGACACAGCAAGCAGCCAAAGAAGCCUCCGAGAACAUCUACCCCGCUCAAGAUUGACGUCGACACUCCUGUAGGCACCGAUGAUUCGAGCGAUCGUCGGCUUCAACUUACCUGGCGGAAGACGCGGCAGAGCAGCAGACCACAGACUCCUGUAGGCGGUGCGCACACCACGCCUAUCACCGAUGACGCAGAUGACGCACCAAGUGAACGUUCAGAUACCCCAGCCCUACGUCGAGACUCGAAGCCCAAGCUCGCUCGCUACACGUCGCUCUUCGCCAACUUCAAAGAGACAGCCAAGGAGCCCGAGUUCGCGUUCUCUGCGCCAUGGGGUGAAGAUGCACCAGCGCCCUUCCAGACCUACAUAGAUCCGCUCGACGUCGUAACAUCUGUCCGAUCGCAUAUGAUAACAGCUUCCUGGCCGAUACCGAUGGAGCAUAACAGCGGCCUCUUCCGUGUGUUUGAGGACUAUCGCAAGGUACGAGAGCAGAAGGAGUGUCUCAGUACGAUGCUGGAGGAGACACUUAAAGAUUGGAGAAAGGCCGAGGAGCACUGGACACGCUCAAGAGAUCGUUAUGGUGCGGAGAUACGGCGCUUGGAGCUGCUCAUAGCUCGUGGGGCCAGUGGCAUGACCGGGUGA